ACUCAGCAGUGAAGUCACACGAAGCGGAAACUGUCUGUGUGUGACUGUGGAUUAAUGAGGAACUAUCAAUGCGGGAAAUAAAGGGAGCCUCGGCGAUUUCGUAGUGAUUCCGUCUCUAAAUUCAUUAAAUAGCAGUUCAGGGCGCUGCGUUAUGGAGUCCUACGGUAAGGAGGAACCCAGAGGACCCGUGCUGCACAUCGUGGUGGUCGGCUUUCAUCACAAGAGGGGCUGUCAGGUGGAGUUCUCGUAUCCUCCGCUGAUUCCUGCUGAAGGCCAUGACAGUAAUAAUCUGCCAGAGAAAUGGAAGUACCUUCCCUUCCUCGCUCUGCCUGACGGGGCACACAAUUAUCAAGAAGACACGGUUUACUUCCAUUUACCUUCUCUGAAUGAAGAAAUGAAGUGUGUGUAUGGAGUCUCCUGCUACAGACAGAUAGAAGCAAAGGCUCUGAAGGUGCGACAGGCUGACGUCACCAGGGAGACUGUGCAGAAGAGUGUGUGUGUGCUCAGCAGAGUGCCUCUGUAUGGUCUAAUCCAGGCCAAACUCCAGCUCAUCACACAUGCCUACUUUGAGGAGAAAGAUUUCUCUCAGAUAUCCAUCCUAAAGGAACUAUAUGAUCACAUGAAUGGCUCUUUAAGAGGCACCACACUCGAGGGCUCUCAGGUGUAUCUAGGAUUAUCUCCACGGGAUUUAAUACUGCACUUUAAACACAAGGUUCUAAUCCUCUUCAAGCUGAUCUUGCUGGAAAAGAAGGUGCUGUUUUAUGUGUCUCCUGUUAACAGAUUAGUGGGAACUCUAAUGACUGUCCUCUCUCUAUUCCCUGGCAUGAUUGAGCACGGCCUGGCCGACUCCUCCCACUACCACUGUAAGAGCAGCGUAUCAGAAACCCCAGAAAGUCUUGACCCAGCAAGGAUCAGCCCCAGCGCUGAAGAACUCAACCCUAAAACUGACUCUAACACUGACAUUAUUGAUGCCACAGAUGGUGAGUCUAGUGCUUUUGACCACUCAGACAACCAUACAUCUGUGGCUGACCAAUCACAGCCCUCCGCUAGCCCUCAGGACCGCCUCCAGCCCCACCCCCCAUCACACACAUCGCCGGAUUCCUCUGAGAGUGACUGGGAGACGCUGGACCCGAGUGUGUUGGAGGCUGGGGAGGGAUCAGAGGGAUCAGUGAAGCAUCUAGAGACAGAAUCCGGUGAGCCAAUCACAGUGCAGCCCAAGUCUGUAGCAGGACAGGGUCAGCUGAUCCAGGGGCUGGUGUCUGGACUGGAGGAGGACCAGUACGGACUACCACUAGCAGUAUUCACUAAGGGUUACUUGUGCCUGCCCUACAUGGCCCUGCAGCAGCAUCACCUUCUGUCUGAUGUGAGAGUACGAGGUUUUGUUGCCGGGGCAACCAACAUCCUCUUUCGUCAGCAGAGACACCUCAGUGAUGCUGUUAUAGACGUGGAGGAGGCUCGUAUCCAUGUAGAUGAUCCAGAGCUGCGCAGGAUGCUGAGUUUAUCCACAGCGGACCUGCGCUUCUCCGACUUCUUGCUCAAACACGUCACGGAGAACAGGGAGGAUGUGUUUCUGGAUGGAACAGGCUGGGAGGGAGGAGACGAGUGGAUUAGAGCACAGUUCGCUCUGUAUUUACACUCUCUGUUAGCAUCUACACUACAGCAAGAUAAUGAGAAGCUGCUGGCAGAUUAUGGCUCUGCCUUCAUCUCCGCCUGGAAGAUUACACACAAUUACAGAGUGUGGUUCAGCAACAAGCAUCCAGCCAUGGCAGAAAUUACUCCAGGACACCCAUUCCAAGGCCAAUACAGUGUGGCUGAUGUGAAGCUGCGCCUUUCUCAUUCGGUGCAGAACAGUGAGCGUGGGAAGAAGCUAGGGAACGCCGUGAUCACCACCAGCCGCAGUGUGGUGCAGACUGGGAAAGCUGUAGGUCAGUCAGUGGGAGGAGCUUUAACCAGUGCUAAGUCUGCCAUGUCCUCCUGGUUCUCCACACUUGCUCAGCCUGCCGUAACCAGUCCAGCUCCGGACUCUACAGCAAACAAACAGUGACCUCAUUUACACCUCACUCAGCACUCUAAACACUAUUGCUCUCCAUCAUUCUCCAUUCUGACUAUUAUCCUGUAAUCAUCUGGGCCAACAAGAUAUUCAUCACAGCAUUCAUUUACUUUUAUCAUGUACCUUUUAAUUCAAAGGAGCAAUAUGAUUUUACUAUUCAGCUUCAAAAUGUUCAAGUGGUAAGUCUUCAAAAUCUGCUUCUUUAAGCAUCAACUCUAACCAUGAGAGUAUAGUGCUGAAGCUAGCAGCCUUACGUUUUUCAGAGUGGUGUUAAACAGGCCUGAAAAGGUGAGCCAGGCAAGUCACACAAAACGUUGUUUUAAUAUACAUUAAAAGCUUAAUCUUGUACUGGACCAACUGAUUUAGCAGCACCUAUCCACAAAAAAUAAAUCUUCACAGGAAAUAUUAACAACAGUUAUGAACCCUUCACUGUUAAUCCUUAACUUUUUUCCAGCCCGACUAAAAGAUAAGCGUUUAUUUUCCUUUGAGAGUCUGAAGGAUGUCUGAGUAACCAGUUUAGAUUUAGUGGGUUUUGCACAAUGACAAGCUAUAAUUGUUACCAUACAGCAACAGCAUGUGGCAAUGGACCUUCAAUUUGAGUGCAUGUAAUGGGAGUAAAUAAAAAAAAAACUUCCAUUGGACACUUUAGACACUGCUAUUUUCACAUUAUCAGUAUAAUUAUUUUUGUAUUGCUUUCUAUAUUCUUAAAACAUUUAUACACAUUUAUUUUUACACAGGCAAUGAAUUGGUUUACUCCCAUUGUAUGUACUAAAGAUUGCAAUUUCAUUGGCACAUACUGUUUACAUAUGGCAACAAAAUGCAAAAUACCCCCCUAAAAUGACAUUAUUAUAUUUCUAUUUCUAUCUUUUUAUAUUCCUAUUUAUACAAUUAUGCCAUUUUCAAUAAUGAAAAAAAAUGUUUUUCAUUAUUUAUGCAGUACAAAGUUAGUAAGUACAUACCAGGGCUGCACGAAUUGGACAAAACAUCAUGUUGUGUUUAUUUUCUACAUAUUGUGAUUGCAGUAUGCUGCGCAAUACGUUUAAAGCACAUUAUAAGUGAUGUAACAUGGUUAAACAUUGGUGUGCAUUAUUUUUAGCCAGUUGUUGGAUUACAUGAAUACCUUGAUUCAUCAAAAUGCCCACAGAAACUCGUCUGGACCUGACUGGUUAGAGGCUCGUUUGCUAAUUGCAGCCUUCCGCGAUAUCAGUAUUGCGAAAGCAAGUAUCAUGAUAAUGAUUGACAAACAAUAUAUUAUACCACUCCUAUAAAAUAUCUUUGUAAUGAGCCUCAAGAAUGUUUUUCUAAACAUAUCAUACCAGUUGAAAUGCCAUGCAACGUGCAAGCAGUGCAGACCCCGCUAACGUUAGCCCGUUUUGCUGAAUGGCUGAGCCAGACAUGAUAUAGUCUCCUUUCAAAUGAAAAGGAAAAUGAAAAUGCAGCAGACCCUCAAUCACCUCCUGCUGUCUAGUCCGUUUCAUCUGAAGUAGUUUGUCUUUGAGGCAGCAGGAACGGCUGGUCUUUUGGGGUUAGUCUUAGCCUGGCAUGGACACCAGACAGGAGCUGCCUGACCUGGUCAGCUGCAUUAGAUGUCUUGGUCUUAUGGCUUUUUCUGCAAAACAAGCUUGUUAGUGAAGUAUAACUAUAAUAUUUUCAAUUCCAGCGAUGUCUGAUGCUCGGAAGUGCGACUGUGGGACGCACAUGAGACAAAUGACUUAAAUUCGACAGAGGUGAAGUUCGCUUCUUAUUUGAAUUUCCCAUGCCUCCUUAAAUGAUGCAGCAGUUGCAUUCAAGCGCUUGUACUGGUGCCAGAAUGUAACUGCAUCUCCAUUUAAGGUGGAAUGGAAAAUUCAGACAAAAAGCUGAAAAAUAAGCCAACUUCGGCCUAGUAGAAAUUCAGACAUGACUGAACGUUUUGCACUAUUUUUGUGAGAAAGUGAGUUAGAAAGCAAUGCUGGCAUAGGUUUAGAUAUUGUUCACAUCCCAGAAAAAACAGGCCACUGUUAGUCUACAAAGAUAGGUUUACUUAAGCAUAUAAAAGGGUUUUUAUUUUUCUAUAUCGAAGUCAUCAAAUUCUAAUUAUACAGUGAUAUAUUUGAUAUAAUACCUCCCACUACUAGAGGGAAGGACAAUUAGGGAUUCUUUUUGUGGUACACUAAAUCAUGUACACACAUAGCAGGAAAAUCAGCAUUUUUCUUCAUGCACUGCAAUAUUUAAUUAUCUGUCACAUUAAUGUAGUCUAAUUUCUUUAUAUCGGACAGAAACCAAAGUUUUUCUUAACCGUUAUGUUGAAGUUGAAUGGAGAUUUUAAUGCACACUGUUGUUGUUGGGAAGUGUACAGAAUGUAUACAUGAAUAAGUUUGAUAUUAAUAUAAGGGUUUGUGAUUUGAGAGAAUGACUCCAGGUUUGACUUGUGGAGUUGAAUUAAAGCAAGUGAUGACAGGAAACGUACUGCUUUGUUAUGUGUACUGCAACACUAUGUAGUUUGGAAAAUAACAAACAAAAGAACUUUAAAGAAAG